AUGGACCUCAACUUUUAUUCCGACCUCUCGGAUGGCUCGAGGCAGCAGGUCGACUCGGAUUUCUUGGAUGCUCAGUCUUUCAAUGGAUACGAAUCCAUCGACAAGUUCCCAGGUGGCAGUGACAACUACAUGACCAUCACUGGGACGAACCAUCCAUUUCUGUCUUCUACGACCUUUCACACUCCCAGCCUGGGUGAUGAAGAAUUUGAAAUACCACCGAUCUCCCUGGACCCAGACACGGCCCUCACCGUAGAGGAUGUGGAGGCUCACUUUGAUGAGCUGACCGACAGCUCAGGAGGAGGGGGGGGACCUCUGGGGGCAGGUGGCCUGACCCAGAAUGCUGUCGUUGGGGGCACGGACCCUUCUUUUGCCUCCACGUAUGUGAGUGCGCAGGCACAGGGCCUCGAGCACCUGAGUCUGGGGGUCAUGAACCAGUCUGGAGGGAGUGCACUUCUGAGUUCCACGCUGGCAGUGGACCUUGGUCACUCAAUGGACUCCCAUUUCAGUAGCUCGUCUCCAAUGCCCAUUGAUGUGCCCCUGGGUGAUAUGAGUGAUGGUGUACUGAGUCACAACCAGCUGACCACCAUCGACCACUCAGAGCUGAGUGCUCAGCUGGGCCUAAGCCUAGGAGGCGCAGUGAUGCUGUCGCGCUCCAAGUCUCCGGACCAGCCCCUGUCUGCCACGCCCUCACCUGCAGGCUCCCUGCAGGACGAAGAUAUGGACGACUUCAGACAGGCCUCUGCAUCCUCCCCAGCCCUUGUGCGGAGGAUUGGGGGCAAACCCGCCAUGGGGGCCAUUGCGGGCGUGGGUAGCGGGGCAGGGGUGAAAAAGGGGAGGAGGAAGAAAGAUCCCAACGAGCCGGCGAAGCCCGUGUCGGCGUACGCCCUCUUCUUCAGGGACACGCAGGCGGCCAUCAAGGGCCAGAACCCUAACGCCACCUUUGGGGAGGUGUCCAAAAUUGUGGCCUCCAUGUGGGACAGCUUGGGCGACGAGCAGAAGCAGGUGUACAAACGAAAGACUGAUGCUGCUAAGAAGGAGUACUUGAAAGCACUUGCUGCCUACAGGGCAAAUAUGCUGUCAAAGCCCUCUGCUGAGGUGCUGGACGCUCCUGCCUCCCCUCCCUUGUCAGCGCCGUCCCCUGUGACCAUGGCAACCCCUGCUGUCCAGGCCCGGCCCAUCCGCCUGGCCCACAACCCUGACCAGAACACUAUCACCAACAUCUGCGCCUCCAACAUCAUCCUGGACCUCCCGCAGGUCACCACCCGCUCGCGCACCGGCGCCCUGCCCGCCACCGCUGCAGCCCCCGCACCCACUACUGCCGUCACCGCUACUGCCCCUGCCCCCACAGUCACCAAGAUCAUCAUCUCCAAGCAGAUGCUGCAGGGCCUGCAGGUCCAGGGCGCCCAGAUCCACCAGAUCCCCACCUCCAUGGUGACGGUGAUCCCGGGCGGCAUGCGGGCGUUGCAGACCACCACCAUCGCCGGUGCCACGCGCCAGCCGCCCCCGCUGCAGCAGAUGCAGCACACGCCUCCACCCCCCCGCCUCCAGCAGAUGGUGCACUCCUCCGCCCUGCCCCCCCUGCAGGCCAAGCCACGGGUCACCGCGGCCGCACCGCCACCCCCGCUCCAGAUCAAAAUCGUCCCCGCCUCGCUGCAGUCGGACAUGGCCACUCCCGUCAUCGUGACCACGGCAACAGGCAUGGGCCAGACCGCCGUCUCGUCCUCGGCGAUGGCGGUCUCGCUGCAGAUGGCACCGGCUCAGCCCACAGCGAUCGUGGCCACUCCUGUGGAGGAGGCCUCAGCAGACGAGAGCUCAGAGCAGAUGGAAGUCGAAUGGAAUGUGUCCCCAAUGGCGGCGGAUGCCACGGCGGGCCACCAGUGUGUGCGCGCGGGCUGCACCAACCCAGCCGUGGAGAGCCGGGACUGGGAUAAGGAGUACUGCAGCAACGAGUGUGUGGCCACCCACUGCAGGUGA